GGAGUUUCGCGCGAUGCAAUUCAGUGACGAAUCUGACGAGUUUUCAAGUUUAGAAGAGGAUGGAUUUUCAUUUCCACCCAGUGCUUCCCCAACUAAAAAGAAAACAACAAUAAGGCGCAAUCUUCCCGAGUUAAAUGUAAAAAAAAGUUUAUCGGAAAAGACGAAACCCAGGCAGAAAAUUAAAGUUCCUGAAAAGGAAAGAAAAGAAACUAGUCGUAACUCACUUGAAGAAUUAAAGGUUGCUAUCUUUCGUUCUAAUCUUUCUGAUGUUAAGGAUAUAAUCGAAAAAGGAUGCAAUGUUAAUUCGGUGUUCUCUUCAAAGUGGUCACCACUCAUGUAUGCAGCAAAUUCAGGAAAUGACGAGAUUGUUUCAUAUUUAUUGAAUAAGGGAGCAGACGCCAAUUAUCAUUGUGAUAGGGAAACAGCCUUGAUAGUUGCGUGUUAUUGCGUAAAAACAGAAGAAAGAAUCUUAAACGUAGUCAAAAUUCUUAUACAAAAUGGAGCUGAUGUUAAAGCUAUUAAUCGCCGCCAUAUUUCACCGCUAAUGUACGCUGCUCGAAAUAACUACUGUAAAGUAGUAGAUUUACUUCUUAACAAUGGAGCAGAAAUUAACUCUCAAGAUGACAAGGGCUAUACAGCUCUAAUAUGGGCAGCUGAGCAAGGAAGGAUGGAGGUCGCUGGUCUUUUAUUAGACAGAGGAGCUGAUAAAAAGAUACGAAGUAAAAGAGGAACAGCGGUUGAUGUUUCUAUCGAACAAAACUAUUUAAAAUUAGCGACUCUUAUUGAUAAAUUUUGUGAGACAAAGACUGCUAAAGAAAUCUUAGAUGAUAUUUCAAAAGAAGAGGAAGAACUUAAGAAAAUUAAUAACAAUGACUAUGAAGAUUUCGGUUAUGUUGGCGAUGCGAAAUACUCAUUUAGCGAACUAGACAUGUUUCUUCACGGUUCUGGUCUUCCUGAUGUCGCCGAAAAGUUUCAAAAGCAUUCAAUAACUUUUGAAAUUUUCUUGGGUUUGAAUGAAAACGAUUUAGAGAAGAUGAAUAUUGAUGAGCUUGGGAAGAGAAAGAAGAUAUUAAAUCUCAUUAGAGAAAUAAAUAAAUCUCCAUGGAAAUCUUCUUCCUUACCUGCUGUGAAGUUUAAUGAAUCUCUUAGUUUUUUAGAUUUAGAGAAUAUAGUAGGUAAUAUUAAAAAUCAUACUGGAUAUAUUGUUCAAACACUGAAAUAUGUUGACGAACAAGUGAUGAAAAAUAGAGAUAACUUUCUUUAUACUCCGAAGGGAGCUCUUACCCCAGAAGAUAUGCACAAACUACUAACAAAAGCUCAGGAGCAAGCCGUUAGAGUCACAAAUAGUUUGAAAAGUAUUGAUGAACAUGUAGCUGAGAUAUGUGGCGGUCCAAAAAAGCUUAAAUAUUUUGAGGAAGCGGAUAAGAUUGAUACAAAAAAAUUGCGAAAUCUUAAGAAUCCAAAGAGAGAUAUCUUUAAAUAUUUUACGAUUAUCGCCAGUGUAGUUGGUAUAAGCGUUGUGAUAAAGAUCUGUCGUUAAAAGUUAAGAAACAGGAAAAACAAUCAAUACAAUUGUUAGUGAUGAAUAAAUGUUCAAUCUGAACUGGUUUGAUAAUAAUUUCCAUGAUUGUUUAAUCUAUCAUGAUCGUUAUUACGAUCAGAAUUACUUCGUUUAUAUAAACGUUUUCUUCUUCGGCUCAUUUGAAAAGGAUAGAGCGUAGAUUGGAUAUUUUGAUCAGUUUCUUUACUAGCAUAAUCAGGCAGAUGCGUUAAAUUUGAUACUCUUCCUGCACUCUUAUGUUUAUAGGAUAGUUUGAAAUAGUAAGACCAGCGAACAAGUAAAGACAUUCCUAAUAAAAAAAACAAGAAUCAAAUAUCCAAAUUACCUGAAGUGGAUUAUUAAGUUAUUCGGUUUUUGAAGAGAUAGGUCGUUCUUACGAGUAGGAAAAGAUUAAUAUUUUAUCUCCACUUUACAAAGCAACGUUCUUUGAGAAAAUUGCAUUAUUAUUUUUCGAAGAAAGUUCAAAUAAUUAACUGUAUUUGCAAUGCUCUUUUUAUAGGUGAUUAAGUAGAGUGUAGACCGUAUAAUAUGAUAACAGUAUCAACAGACUGAAAAUGUAAUAUGUAAGCUGACUGGUAGAGAGCUGUCUCUGAAACUAAUUGUAUAAAGAUCUCAAAGUAAAGUGCCGUUGGACAAGAAUGUAUGUAACAGUAAUUGUGUUAUUUAAAAUGAAUGUUUGAAAUGUUUCACAAAUUUUAU